AUGAUGUCCAGGGGCUUUAAAAAAAUCUUUUAUGACGCAGCAGUGAGUAAUUUUACGGCAUUCGCCCUUCUCGCUCUUUGCUCUUUGCUCUUUUUUUUUUGCUCUGAGGCCACUGGUCGAGGCGACGUUGUUGUCGUUGACAUUAGAUACAAGGUAUACAUGCCAAGCUGUGAGCGUAUUCCGCUGCAUCAGUUUCACAGUGUGGAGUCGCGACGCCACACGGGUGAUUGUGUGCGGGACCUCACACACAGUAAAGAGUUUCGACGCUACGUGAGCCAUGUGGAGUACAGUGAGUCGUUGCAGGCAACGUGGUUUAUUGCUCCGAUUGGACUGACAAUUGCGCUUUACUAUCACCUGCUGCUCGUCCUCCGCGAUACGCAGACGGCGCCGGUUGGGAGGCCUGAGGCCAAUUUCAUACCCUCCUUACCGGUCACGGCGAUGCUACUCUUCUUUAUUGCGCCGUGCGUUGUCAUCGCUCCUUUUACUGGCUUCUUUGAGCCCCUUUCGCGUCGAGGGGCUUUGCGUCUAGUGGCGCUUUUGACGUUUAUCAACCUUAUUGUGGUUUCGUUUGGCGGUAGGUGGCUACACCACCCACCGUUCCUUCUCACUGCGCCUCCAAUACCGUGGUUCACUGGAAGACCUUCUGAGGUGAGGCAGCUACUCACUGCCACGCUAACGCGCGCCUUGCCCCUGCAAGGUGGCAUUGUGGCGGGGUGGCUGGUGUAUGUAUGGAGAAGAGUGCAGUGGCGGAAUGCCUGGCACGUUCCACUGCCGCUUGUUACGAUUCCUAUUCUUGUUGGCGUUUUUGGUUGUCUUUGGUUUUGCCUCACUAGUCGUCUUGUCCCAUUCGUGACGAGGUCAUCCUUCUCAUUUCCUCUGGAGGGUCUUGUCAAAGCAGUAAAUGGCGAUGCAGUGGGCAGCAUUCUCUCGAUGGUUUCAAUACUUCAGCAGGAGCUACUUAGCAUCUUUACCUGGCGUUCGCUGGCUGGGCCAUCGUCUGAGCAUUGGCUGAUGCACCAAGCGUGGUGCGCCGCCUUAUCUCUCUCUAUUUCCUACGCCCUGGGCCUGCUGUUGUCCUCGGUUUGUUGCGUGUUUGGGGGUGUCUUCUGGCUGCUCCCCACGCACCCAACGACGUGGGGGUUGUGCUUCAUUUCUUGUCUCGUGGGGGUCUACGCGUUACUGCAGAAUGACGGCAGCAAAAUGGGGCAUGUUUUGGGUCUUCUCGCACUCGCAUGCAUGCUUCUUCGCAAUGGCUUUGUGCUGACUUAUUGA